GCCUGAACCGACAGGUGGCAAAUGGAGUCCAAGCACCGGGAUAUUCUGCAGAGAAGACUUCCUGAUAUCAGACGAGAUUUGAGGGUGAAGUACGUAAUCCCCCAAUUGAUCGAACGAUGCAUUCUGCUUCCGCCCAUGGGAAUGGACAUCUAUAGUAAGGAAACACAGGGAGAGCGAGUGGAUGAACUUAUCUGCCUUUUGAAGACCCGAGGCCGGACUGCAUUCCCCGUGUUUUGUAAAGUACUGCAGGAGACCUAUCCCCAUCUGGCAGACUUGCUGCAAGAAGAAGGUGACGCAACCACUAUACCAUCUACAAGUACAAGUCGUAGUCAAAGUAGGACCUUGCCAGCAUGCUCAGCAAUGCAAACAUCCACCAGAAAAGGACCUAUCCUGUUCAUCAUCCACGCUGGUGAGGACAAGAAGCCAUUUGUCCGACCACUUCACAAAGCUCUCCGGGGUCAAAACCUAUCUGAUGAGGAGAUCUUCUUUGAUGAGGUGUCAAUUAGCACAGGAGAAAACAUUUCAGAGAAAAUCAUGUCCACGCUUGCAAGUGAGAUUUUGAAGCUGGUUACUAUUGUUAUAAGUAAUCACCUGCUGGAUAAGUACUGGCCUAGACUAGAGUAUGAAAAGUCUUUGUUUCAUCAGAAGAAAUUCUACCCAAUUUGGCUGGAUCAGAACACAGACAACUUUGAAGCCUUCAGCAGAAAGGUCGGGAGCCGGUUCCCCUUGUUGAAGAAGACCCUCGCUCACCGUAUCCAGUAUGACAACAUUGCAGAAGACAUCACAGAUGUUGCCAUCGAAAUCGUGCAGUUACUGUCAGAUCAGUGCCAUCCAGGUGAGUAA